CAUCAACAACACACGUGGCACGAUACAGAAUUGUUCACUUCACGCCCUCGACACACAUCGGGACAUGCGCGUACAGACUGUGGUAUAGCAACACAUCUCUCGCCCGUGCUACCGCCAUCAUGAACUCUAUCCGUCCCCUCUCCUCCACCCUCCUGCAAUCCUGCACGAAGACUCCCUACACCUGCCGAGCUGCCAGCCUCGCAAAUGCCUCGAUACGACCACCUACGAACCGUGAACGACCGCAGCGACGAGGUUUCUUUGGAGCUCCGGGAGGCAGCGCGAAUCCGUUCGGCUCCAAUCAGACCUUGACAGCGCAACGGACAUUGCCAUUUCCCUCGACCGUAGUCUACGACAUCAUCUCCGACGUGGCAUCAUACAGCCAAUUCCUGCCCUACUGCCGCGACAGCACCGUCACGAAAUACUCGGAGCCCGCUCAAGAUGGCAAAAAAUACCCCGAAGAAGCCAAGCUCGUCAUCGGCUUCAACGAGCACAUCAGCGAAGAGUUUACGUCGCGCGUCUACUGCGUGCCAGGAAAAGUAGUCGAGGCCGUAUCGGGAAACAUGAAGAGCAGUCUCUCGGGCGAGGAAAUCGCGCAUCACAGCGCCCGGCCAGCGCCAGAUCAGGACCCGAGCAGAAAGGAUACGGUUAUGGCGCAUUUGUUGGCCCGAUGGUCGUUGAAGCCAUAUCACUAUAAACCCCCUCCCACGAGCGCGAUACACAAGGAUGACGCGCAUAAGAACACUGCAGAGACGAAUCCUGUCAGAAGUCAGGAUAAGACAGAGGUCAAUUUGGCGAUUGAGUUCCAGUUCUCCAACCCAAUGUACGCGGCGGUCGCAGGCGGCGUUGCACCCAAGAUUGCAGAGAAGAUGAUUGAGGCGUUUGAGAAGAGAGUGAAAGAGGUCAUGAUUGGCAUGGGACAUGUCAGGGAUGAGGCAGCGAAGAAGCGCUCCUUGUAAGAUAGAUAUGGAAUGGAAACGGCAUUCAAGGAGUAAAAUUCUAGCAGGACAAAAAAAGAGACAGAAAGAAAUGUUACUAUACCAUUUUCGUGUAUCGAUACAAGCCUCUGAAGUGGAAGAAGAAGAAGAAGAAGAAGAAGAAGAAGACAAAAAAAGAUUAGACGUGCGCGCAUGCAUGCGCUUGAUGUAAAUACAACACCAAUAACAACAUUCACAAAUC